UUCGCAUUCCCCCAAAUCCCAGCAACCCGAAACACCAGAGCAACCGAAGCUUGCAAGCCAUGGAUCGGCCGGGCGGGCCGCCCCUCCCCGCGCCCUCCUACGCCGGCGGCCCCGCUGGCUACCGCGGGCAGGCCUCCUCGUCGUCGUCCCCGUGCCCGCGGCCGCCGCGCCGCCGCAGCAGCAGCAGCAGCAACGGCACGCGAUUCAGCCCUUGCCGCCGCCACCGCCGCAGCAGCGGCAGGGGUAUGCGAUUCGGCCCGUGCCGCCGCCGCUGCAGCAGCAGGGGCACGCGAUUCAGCCCGUGUAGGCGUUGGCGUGGCAGCCGAGCCCGCCGCUUCCCUUUGGCUUCCGGCCACCGGUGCCGAGGCCGAUCCCGCCGCUGCACCCGCAGUUUUGGCCGCAGCAGCACCCCUACAACAUGCCGCCGGGCCCAACGGUGUGGGGGCCGACCUCCAACGCCAGCCAGUACCUGGACGCCAUGGUUGCGCAGCAGAGGCCCGCGGCGCCUACCUGGCCGCAGCAGCCGCAGUUAGUGCAGCAACCGCCAACGAUUCACCAAGACUGGAAGCUGGAGGUGAUCCGAUCGAAUUUGCUCCGUCACCCGAUGGCGCUUGAGCAGCUGGUGAUGUCCUCGGACCGGGAGUACUCGGCAAUCCUGGUCCACCGGCUCUACAUGCUUGACGAGGAGAUGCACAGGAUGGUGCUCGACGGGUUCAAGCAGUGCGGGGACGCGAUCAUGGGGAGCAGGCAGGGGCAUGCGGUGUUCGAAGCGCUGCUGCGCAGCAUCCCGGUCAUGGUAGGCAACAACAGGCGGUACGAGGAGCUCGAGAUCAUCGUGGAUGCCGCCGUCACGCCAGAGCUCAUCCCAAGGUCCAAGGACGGGGUGACUUCUCUGAUGUUGCUCAUCACGGCGGUGGCGUGGAACCCGGUCCUGUGCACCAGGCUCGUCAACUGCUUCGUGCGUGAUUGCGUGAUGGACAACUUCGGAGGGAACGAACUCAUUACCCGCUGUUUCACCAGGAUGGAUUACGAUGUGACCAAGGCUCUGGUCACGCACGCCAUGGACACCAUCGAUGACAAGCUGAACUCCUUGUUCGGGGUGGCGUGCUUGGGUACAUGCUUCAGGUACGCGAGAGGCGAGGAGCUCCACCUUUUCCAGGAUACCCUCGUUGAGCGAGCCGUGCCUAUGGCCAUGGGACGAGACAGCAACCGCCUGCUGCAGCGCCUCCUCGACCGCGACAUGGACAGGAUUGAGUUCAGGCGGCGGCUCCUGUCCAGGCUCAUGCAGCACCUCGUUAGGCUGUCCGGCGACUGGUACGGGAGGUUCGUCCUGCGGCACUGCUUCACGAGCGAGGACAAGGAGCUGCUGCCCAUCGCGCUCACGGCCUGCGCUGACCUGCCCCAAGGAGACUUCCAAGCGCUAGCGAGCCACUUCCUGCCCCUCCACAGGGUGCUCCAGGGAGGCAACACUGACUACCCGGUGACGGCGAAGAGGUUGGCCCGGAAGAUUCAAGCACUGCCUCCACCUAUCCGGGAACACCGUGACAUCCAGAAAUAA